AUGAACGAAAUUUUGUGCAACAUUGAUAAGCGAGAUCUGUUAGAUGUUGAGGAAUGUGAAGUCAAGGUGUCAGGUGGAUUGUCUGUCCGAAGAAAAGAAAGCGAAAAAUUAACCUUUUCCAGUGCCCCCAAAGGGUCCCAGUCCGCCACUGCGUAUAGAACUGGAGGAGAUCUUUAUGCAGGUGCUAUCUUUAUUGAACAGUCCUUGGAUUGGAAUCUCUAUUUAUCCGUUAUUGUUCUUUUAGCCGUGGCAGCUAUCUUUACUGUAGCAGGGGGACUGACAGCUGUCAUGUGGACUGAUCUGGUACAAACUGUAUUAAUUAUUAUCGGAGCCUUUGCUUUAAUGGUCAUCAGUUUUAUCAAGGUUGGAGGUUACCACGAGCUUCUAGAACAGUUUGGAACUAAAAUGCCGAAUGAUUCAGCAGUUGGUUACAACUCGGACAACCAAUCUUGUAGCAGUGUUCCAGAUAAUUAUAUGCAUUUAUUACGAUCUGCUGACGACCCUGAACUCCCUUGGACAGGAAUGACCUUUGGACUAACCAUUUCAGCCGUUUGGUGUUGGUGCACGGACCAAGUUAUCGUACAGAGGGCGCUUUCGGCUAAAAACUUGUCUCAUGCCAAGGCAGGCUGUAUUCUUGCCGGAUAUCUCAAGUUUCUUCCUCUGUUCUUGAUUGUAUUUCCUGGUAUGGCUUCCAGAGUUCUAUUUACAGAUAAGAUAGGUUGCUCUGACCCUGAGGUUUGUAAGGCUGUGUGUAGUAGUGAGGCUGGAUGUACGAAUAUUGCUUAUCCUCUUCUAGUUUUGAAGCUUAUGCCACCUGGGUGUCUGUACUAGUUCUUGUUGUCAUCAGCAUCUUGUGGAUGCCCCUCAUCCAGGUUGCCCAAGGUAGUCAACUUUUCCAUUACAUCCAAACUGUCACUAGCUGCUUAGCGCCUCCUGUCUGCGCUGUUUUUGUUCUAGCUGUGUUGUGGAGUCGAAUUAAUGAGCAGGGUGCCUUCUGGGGUCUUGUUGUGGGAUUGGUAGUCGGUAUUAUUCGUUUUGUCUUGGAAUUUUAUUAUACCGUUCCACCUUGUGCUGAUGGUAAACCAGAUCCCCGACCUGUAGUGUUGGCAAAAGUUCACUACCUGCACUUUGGAUGUAUACUUUUUAGUAUUUCUUGCAUUGUGACCACAAUAAUCAGUCUUCUUACAAAGCCAAUUGAUAAGAAACAGUUGUAUAGGAUGAC